AUGCAGCAGUUAUCAGAGAUUUUGGGCAAAGCGCUGGAGAGGAAAAUGUCUGGGUUGAAGACCUCAAAGGCUGAAGGCGAGAGGAAGACAGCCCUGGAAAUGGUCCAGGCAGCUGGAACAGGUGGACACUGUGUGACAUUUGUUUUGCAUGAGGAGGACCAUACCCUAGGAAAUUCUCUUCGUUACAUGAUCAUGAAGAACCCGGAAGGGGAAUCUUGUGGAUACACUACAACCCAUCCUUCAGAGAGUAAAACUAAUUUACGCAUUCAGACUCGAGGUGGUCUUCCAGCUGUUGAGCCAUUUCAAAGAGACCUGCAUGAGCUCAUGAACGUCUGCCAACAUGUGCUUGACAAGUUCGAGGCCAGCAUAAAGGAAUAUAAGGACCAAAAAGCAAGCAGAAAUGAAUCCACCUUCUAG